UCGUUGCUGCUCAUCAACCGCACCCGCAGACGCAGCAUCAUCUGCCAGCAAGUGAACAGGCAGCCUCAAGUCUUGCUUCCACUCCGGUUCCAACUGCGGCUGCAGUACCACCAGCCACAGCCAUGUCCAACACAUUGACCCAGCAUCUGCUCAACAUGCUCUCCGAUCCCAUUAGCACCUACAGCGAGCAAAUAAGCGAGACCGCGACGGCGUCAGUGCCCCCCAAUAGACCCGAAGACGAGGAGCAGGCCACCGAUGAGCCCCAGCAAUUGAACUCUGCCAGUGAUGCGGACGUGAACCUCUCUGAUGAUGAAUUCCUGUCGCCUCUUCUCCGAAGGGCCUGCGUCCUCACGGACAAUGGCGUGCGGGUCGAUGUUGUGGCAGCCACAGCACAGCGUGCCUCUGCGGAUCAAAUCUUAAAUCUGGAACAUAUGCUGCAAUGUGAACGCCUAAUACCCAGGUUCAUACUUUAGACUUUGUAGACUGUGCUGCGUCGGCUGUUGGUCGUGCGGACCCUGCGGCGGACCCUGUUGCAGUCCUUGCUGUGGACCGCGUUGUGGAACAUCCUGCUGAGCGAUGGCCCAUGUUCGUCGAAUCUAAAAAGGUACUGCACCUUUCUGUUCUGCUGAUGAUGACAGCCAGUCAUUUUUGUCGGACCAGCGACGACUAGCGUUUCUCCUGCUUUUUGUGGAUCAAUCCUUGGCGAUGGCAGCCCUUCUUGAUGGCAGUUUUGUGCUUUCUCUUGUUUGCUCUUACGUUAUUUGCAUCAUCUUCAGGUGAUUUUUUAUUAAUGCCACCCAUUUUAGAGAUUUUUGUAAUAUGUAGUUUACGACAUAUUGCAAAAAUCUCUAAAAUGGAUGGCAUAAAAAAAAAAUCACCACAAGAUGUUGGAUAUUCCGUUACAGCAAGCAAAAGCAGGCCCAAUACUUCCAUCGAAGAGGAAUGCCACCGCCAAAGAUAGAUAAAAAGGAAGCAGGAGAGGAGCUACUGCCGGAGGCGCGACGCGAGUCCUCCGAGGCCGAGGAGAUGGCGGCCGACGACUUGAUGAUGCGUGGUGGCUCCACGACCAGAUUGAGCCUACAGUAAGGGCGUUGCGAUCUGCACGCUUUCGAGUGGAGACUUUCGAGGCUUUGCUACGAGCCUUCUCCGACGCUUUUAUAUGACCACCUCCUCGGUGAUUUGGAGAAACUGGAUGCCGGCUGCCAAGAGUAAUAAAGCUGGAGUCAGACGAA